AACGGCAAAUCAUAUAAAUUAUGAAUUGUUAAAUGUUCUACUGAACAUCUUAAUUAAAAACUACAAAACGUAUAAAAAAAACUAAUACAUAUCCUUUUUUUUUGGAAAGAAUACGUUUUUAUUCAACGCGGACAUUUUGCAUAGUUUAAGUUAUUUUAAUUGUAACGCGGCAUUGAGGCUUUAUUAUUCCCCUGACGUCAACCGGAUGACAUCAAAAGCGCGUUCUGGGAGACAGCGUGAGCGCGCACUGAGGAAUGGGCCUGCUGUCAGUCUUAAGGAGACUGAAGAACUCUCCUGAGCAGGAGGUUCGAAUCCUCCUGUUGGGUUUGGACAAUGCAGGCAAGACCACCAUACUGAAGCAGCUGGCAUCAGAGGACAUCAGCCACAUUACGCCUACACAGGGCUUCAACAUAAAGAGUGUCCAGUCUCAAGGGUUCAAACUAAAUGUUUGGGAUAUCGGUGGACAGCGGAAGAUCAGACCUUACUGGAGGAACUACUUUGAGAACACCGAUCUCCUGAUUUAUGUGAUUGACAGCUCAGACAGAAAACGCUUUGAUGAAACGGCACAGGAGUUGGCAGAGUUGCUCGAUGAGGAGAAACUGAACAUGGUGCCCCUGUUAAUAUUUGCCAACAAGCAGGACAUGACGAUGGCAGCGACGGCAGCAGAGAUCGCAGAGAGCCUGAACCUGCACACCAUACGAGACCGGAUAUGGCAGAUCCAGCCCUGCUCUGCUCUCACUGCAGAGGGAGUCCAGACAUGCUCUCUGUCUGCUGUAGGAAGGGAUGGUCUGGCUCUGCAGGAACAUUCCCACCAGGAGGAAAUGACUGACCAGAGUUUGAAUUUAAUCUUGAGUCAGUGCUGCUGCUGCAAGACCCUGUAUUCUGUGUUGUAAUGUAUUUAUCAGCAGGGACACGUUCUCCUGUUCGUAAAAUGGCCAAUGACAAGCACCAGCUGGGUUUUUUAUUGAUGGGAUGCUCAAGUAUAGUAUUUAUUUGUAGAGAAGCUUUUAUAGGCCAGGUUUUCACACUAAUGAUCUCAUCCGGUCACUGAUGAUGACAAUUUACUGGUGUUAUUGGUAAUAAACAAGUUUCAUUUAGAACUA